AUGCUUAAGCCAGUUAUUCGUUUUCCACUUGCUGUCAUGCGAAAUAUAUUUACUUAUCUGACUCAAACUGAUAUAGAACCAUUUAUUAAUAUAUCCCACAAAUGUGCCAAAUCCAUUGAAUCAAUAACUAUGAAUCCAUGGUCUAAAUCUUCAAACGACCGUUCAGAAGCAAUUAUCAAAAAGAUUUUUAAAUUUUUCCCUCGCCUUGAAGUGUUACAAGUAGACCCCGAGACUGCAAAGACCAUAUCCGAUGAUAUAUUAUCUAAAGUUAAACACCUUAGAUUAUCAAUAGAUAAUCACGAUCAAUUAGUUAUCAACGACAAUAUUCUGAAUCUCACUGACACUGUUUAUAGAAUAAGUGAUAAGAAACCAGAUACUCCACUGACCAAUAAAGUUAGAGCUUAUAUCAAUGACGAUAGUGGAUUAACACAUAUAACCAAUUACAUCGAGGACUAUCCCAAUCUCAAGACUGUCGUAUUAUAUAGUGAAGAUUUCAGAAUAGAUAGAGAUGCAGUCAAAAAAAUACAAGCUGCUGGUCACAUUAUAAUACACAUCAAAUUUACAGUUCGGACCUUUGAUAGAUACGACGCUUUCAUCGUUUAA